UAGUACCGUUCGAUUGCUCGUAGUUUGAAAUGUAUGCCUGCAAAUGAUUCCGCAAAAAAUCGGCGUUGUUAUCCAGAAACUUAAUUUUCAAUUAUUCAUACUGCAUUCUCAAUACAAAAGUCUACUGGCAACAUUCUAGAGAAUCUCCGCUGAUUGGUUGUUUGAGAGAUCCUGAAUUGUGACCGGGCAGACGACGUACGGCUAGUGUUUCCGUCUGCUUCUGUGCUGCUUUCCGACGCUUGAAAAAUGUUCCGUGAUUGCUGUACGCGGCAUUUUUUGUCAAAGAUGCCGGAUGAUAAUCUCUGCAAUGUGUCCGACUGCAAAAAUGCCUCAAUGAAGAAUCCGGACAUUUCGUUUUACUAUACCCGGGACGACGAUAUAUGGAGCGAACGUGGCAAGCUGAGAUUGCGUGCUAUCAAUCAUAUGGGAUAAAACUAGAGGUGUGGGAAUACUCGAAAUUUCGAAUACGAAUCGAAUAUUUGCGAUAUUUGAUUCGUAUGCGAAAAUUUGAUAUUCGAAGUUUUCGAAUAUUCGCUAAAGUUCGAAUAGUGGAUCCUCCCCCCCCCCCCCCCUCGAAUAUCAUAGCAGCUUAUUACAAAGCUGUUGCGGUAACAGAAACGAGCAUGUAUAGUAGAACAGCUGCAAAGCGACGCGCGGCGCUUCCGAGGUAGCUCAUCUGCGAAUGCGUCGCUACACGUUCGAUAACCGAAACCGAAACUAGUACACAGUCGUGUGCAGCCGCCAUUUUAAAGCCGCCCCAGCCAAGCGCCAAACUGCGGGACGCUUCAUGCAUCGUCAGCGCAGUCGCAGCUUUAGUGGAUUGCCAACGAAGUCUCAACAUUCUUGUGUGUGAGGCCUACAGCUCGGUGAAAUUCCGGUUAAAUAUCGAAAUUUUGUUGGCGUUGAGCUGAACACCGCUGUUCCUCGUGCGACUGCAUGCAAAGCCCAAACCCGCAUUUGUUGUUACAGAUGAUUGCAAUACGCAUAUAGCCUUAAGCUCAACCCACAUGGAGUGAUUUUGCUCGCGACUCGCGCGCGUCGGCGCGACAAGGUUUUGAGGCGCGCACACAGAUUUGAAAUCGCGCAUGUGAAAUGAAAGAAGUACUGAACACGAACUGCGCCGAAACAAUCACGCGUUAUGAGCGCAUCCAUACAACAUCGUCGAGGAUCGCGGUUUUACUGCGUUAAUGAAUGAGGCUGUUUCAACUAUGCAUUACGGUCAGGAAAGAUUGUCUCACGCGUGGGAGCACAGUGAAACCGUACAGUUUCUCGCCUCCACGACAAAUGCGGAAUGGUGUCAGUGCAAGAAGAGGGCGCUUGCCACCUUCUGAGAUGUGCUCAUCACUAAACCAUCCCACAUUCUGAACAUGUCAUUGUCCUUUACUUCCAUUCUGUCUGUUUCACCAGCACUUACAAUGGCAAUACAGGUGUUCACUGUUCAUAUAAUAUUUUUGAAGUGCAAGUUGUUGUUACGGUUUUCAGCUUGUCUCAUGAGAACAUGACAUUGUUUUAGUGUAAAAAUAAUUUUACUGUCACGUGCAUAUAAGCAUGUAUGCCCUAUGCUAAGGCAACUGUACAUUAAUACAUAUUCGUUAUUAGCACUUGGGGGCAUCUUCUAAGGAUCAGCAGAACACAACUGUGACGAUGCUUGUUUUCGGGACUUCAUUGACUCUUAAGGCUUCGGUCCCACUCCUCUUGUGAAAACGGCCAUGUUUGCCAAGAGACUGCGACGCUCCUAUUUGUCUGACGUUGGAAGUAUUGAUGUCGUAGGAAAAAAAUUUUUCCAUGCAAACGUGCUACAGCGCCCUUUUGUUUAUACAUCGCUCAGCUGUUCUACUAUAAAGCGAGGAACAUGACCAUAUUCUAAUUUUUUGCUCAUCUUUGCCAAGGUUUUACGCGAAGAAAAAAGAAAAUAGCGCUAUGUAGUUUUUUGCGGCAUUGUGUCCUGGGAUACACAAAAUGUGCCACAGCCCCGUAUUAUUGAUAUUUGACGUAGGUAAUUUAUAAACACUCCUAAGAAACCCUGAAAAAUUUGAUUUUUGAACUUGUCAUUUCGGAUUGUUCUAGUGCUUGUUUGAAAGCAAAAUCCGCACUGAAGAGAAACAAUUAUGCACAGAACAAAUCCUGAAAUUUUCACCGUAAUCGGAGUGUAUCAAGGGAAGCCCGAAUGCAUAAAAGCUACCCACUCACCGCCCAGCGAAACCGAAACUGAUGGGCUGUGGCAAGCGAGAUUUACCGCGUAAGUUGGUAACCAUGGUUUGUAAGUCCCAGCCUUCCCCGAGAGAUGUCGCAGGCAAAUACCAAAAGAAGACGUUUUCUGCUACAGCUGUUUCUGCACUUUUCGUUGUCUUCUUUUCUUUUUUUUCUGUCAUGAACUUUCUGUGAAUUAUGCCGUUCAUUUUCUUCAUUCUUUUUUUUUAAUGUAGUGUAUUGGUUUCAUUGAAUUGAACUCGGGAACUUGCCGUCAGUCACUGUAACCGAAGCGUCAGUCUGCAAACUUUCAACCGUAUUUAUCUUCCUCGUGUUUUUUAUUAUUAUUAUUUUUAGAAAAUGCGAAUGGUAGAUACCACAGCACGUAAACUCGCGAACUGAAAGUUCCUAAGCUCAAUCCACAUAGCUAAGAGUGCGCUUUGUGCCUUUCGCUCUCCACAAAAUCUGCCGUGCAGUUUUGGUUUCGAUAAAGGAAAGUUGGAUUAGCUUGUCAAUAUUAUCAGCAUAUUUACUGGAAUUAAGAUGAAUUAAAUACGUAACGGCAGAUUACAGCAAAGGUUCACACUAAGAAGUCUGCCUACCGUAUACAUUUUUCCGGCUUAUAUUUUGGAGUGGUAAUCAGGGCGUGUUGCUCGCCCAGCUCAGAAUCACAAUUGUUCUUGUUCCUAUCUUGUGUUUGUAUCUUGUUCGUAAAUGUCUCGAUUCGAUGUCCGCACCCUCUAAGUUAAUCCACGCAUAAUUUGUCUCGAUGCAACCAACCCGAUAGCGUUCGUGAGUCUAGCCACUUAGAUGGUUGCCAUAAUAAAUUUCAGGGAGAUAACAUUUCAUUAUUAAAGAUGAAUGGCGAAGUUGCAAAAUUUACGUGUACCUGAGAAGGCGCUUGCUUCAUUUCUAUUUUACUGGUCAGUCAAAUCGGUUUCUAAUACGAAAAGCAAAUAGGAGUGUCCUCUGUAGCAUAACAAGGUUGUGCCUGGAAUAAAUAAUCAAUUUUGUACAGGAAUCGGUAAUCAGUUUCGUACAGACUAGGACACGAACUAUAGGCUAAAUUUUCGUUUAUUUUCAUCUCAUUCUCAUACACAUUAGCAAAGCAUGCUAAGAGCAGUGCAAAUUCCACCGGUGGUUGAACCCCGGAAAACACAAUCUGGAGUUUCUUUCAGGUCCCUGGUUGACCUUGUGUAUGGCAGAACGCUACAAGAUGCGUCUUUUUACCCCUGUGUAUUGUUUGUGAAUGUAACGUAGAGUAGUCAUACUCAGGUUGGGGAUCGUGGGCAGAGCCGUAGCGACAGGUGUACGAGAGGGGUAGCCGCCCCGGGCGCCCUCGGGGGCGUCGAACGGCAGGCCCUGGCAGGUUGGUUGGACAGGAUGGGACGGAGACGACUGAAAUAAACUAGUGAAAUGACCACAUUUCGUGGCGGAAGAUCACACUUCUCGUCAUCUCACAAAGCGAUAACACAAAUCGCAGCAAAAAAAAAAAAAAAAAGAAAGAUAUCUUCACCUACUAGUCACGGCCGCUACUAUGCGGAAUACGGACAGGUUACAUAGCGUAUAAUUGUCGACUUCCCUAUUUUACUUCGGUUAUGCCAUUCCUUUGAUUCUUAUCAUUUUGUGUGCGUACUGUGAACUGAACUUCUAGUUUCAACAGAAGUGGUAAUGUCAUAAUUCAUGUCAAGAAAUCCUGUUUCUGUAAGCUGUAUUGAUAUAAAACUGCUACCGAUCGGCACGUGAACAGACUCUUCACAGCUAACUGCAAUUAUUUAGUAUUUGCGUCCAUUUUUUAUGACGGUUGUUUGACCAUUUUGCGUUUGAGAUAUAUAUUUUUAUGUAUCUCAAGUAUAUUAUAUUUUGUACAGUCUUCGUCACACGCUACGCGCGCGGCAGCUACCCCCGUGCUACUCAAAACACGAAAGCACAAAAAUCAACUCUCCGUCUUGCACGACAGUUUCAGAAGACUUUUACGAGACAAUCCUCCCUUCGACACACGUAUAAACACCGGGUACAAUGGCAUAGAGAACAGAUUCAAGAUCAAAGGGUCCAGUCGGGAGCUGUCCCAUGCGCGAUUCUCCCUAACGGGAUCAUCCACGGAAACCGCGACGGUGGCGCCCCGCCGUAGGAAGUCCGUAAGUAAAUUCAAGAUGGCUACCGUGAGACCGUAGCCUUAACUUCAUUCAGACUUAGACACUUUAUCCUAUGACGUGAUAUUCGACAUUCGAUUCGAUAGUUGAAGGACAAGUUUGCAGAUAUUCGUAUUCGAUUCGUAUUCGAAAAUUUCAAUAUUCACACACCUCUAGAUCUCUAGAUAAAACUGAAAACAGUGUCUGGCGUGUGUUCGACGCACCUCUCAGAACAGGAUAUCGACCCACAUCGAUGAUCACCGUGGAUGAAGGCCAUACCGCGUGUAAGUGGUAUCAAGGUGACAUAAUAUUUAUUAGGUAAUAAUAAUAUGUAUUAAUAAUAAUAAUAAUAAUAUAUAAGCGUGAUGACCGUGUGGCAUCGACCAUGUGUUGUCAUGUUGUUGUCUUGAAGUUGUUGUUUUCAGAAGACACGUACACAGACAAGACGCGUACGACCAGGUAUGACGACAUCGUCAAAGCAAGACUGAGUGUGCCACCGACAAAAAAGAAAAGAUAAAGUCGCUAUGACUCGUGUGAGGAGGGAUGGAGCAAAAACGGGGAUCCGCUGCAAUGAAGGCUAUUUUAAUACUUGCGUUUGUCACUACUGCAGUUGGAAUCCGUUCGUACAGCGAUUCCGUUUUAACCAGAUAUUUUGACGCCCUCUCUGGCACCAUCCUUCCGGUCCACCUUCAAAGUCGACCUGUAGACUUGGAUCUCGUCGACUUCGAUUUCGUGGUGCCAAGGAACUGGAUGACGAACCGCAAGGUGAACGCUCAGUUCCACCAUGGAUUGCUGACAGGGCUCACAGCAAUUAACCCUACCGUCAAGGCUGAUAGCUGCAGCCGUGUUAACGAAGGCGACAACUUCACCAUGGACUGCACUUUGGCGUUAGGCAACUUGAAAGCUACAUACGAUGGCUUUGUUGAUGGAGAGUCCUUCUUUGGUAGUGGCAGCAAUUUAUCAGUUGAAGCGGACUUGGUUCAUCCCAGAGGUUACGUUGAGAUAACGUUCUUUCAGACUGGACCCCCCGUUAUGAAGUCCUGGAGAGUGGUCCCCUUGGACAUAACUCUGCAUUACUCUAGGGACCUCAACCUCAACCCUGGGCGCAAGGCUAACUUUGAAGUGGAACUGAAGAGACACAUUGGAAUCCCAUCGCAGAGCGAUUCCUUUUUAAGCAGAUAUUACGACGCCCUCUCUGACACCAUCCUUCCGCUCUACCUUCAAAAGCGACCUGCAGAAUGGGAUCUCGUCGACUUCGAUUUCGUGGUGCCAAGGAACUGGAUAACGAACCGCAAGGUGAACGCUCAGUUCCACCAUGGAUUGCUGACAGGGCUCACAGCAAUUAACCCUACCGUCAAGGCUGAUAACUGCAGCCGUGUUAACGAAGGCGACAACUUCACCAUGGACUGCGCUUUGGCGUUCGGCAACUUGAAAGUUACAUACGAUGGCUUUGUUGAUGGAGAGUCCUUCUUUGGUAGUGGCAGCAAUUUGUCAGUUGAAGCGGACUUGGUUCAUCCCAAAGGUUACGCUGAGAUAACGUUCUUUCAGACUGGCGCCCCCGUUAUGAAGUCCUGGAGAGUGGUCCCCUUGGACAUAACUCUGCAUUACUCUAGGGGCCUCAACCUCAACAGUGGGCGCAAAGCUAACUUUGACGGGGAACUGAAGAGACACAUUGGUAAUGCCGUCGGGAACAUCUUGAACGGUCCGUUUCGAGAAGACCUCAACAGUUCUGUUCCUCUCUCGAUGCUUUACGUUCUACAUAUGAAAGAUCAGGAUUAGGCACAUUAAAUGAUCCUGAUGUAUUAAGUACAAAA